AUGAAGUUAUAGUGUAUCCAAUACUAUUCAUUAAACACUUUAUCACUUGACUAACCAUGGGUCUAGUUAGACCUGCGGGUACCUGGGUCCUACUCAGUACCCACCCAACCCGAGUACCCGAGUUAUCCAUCCCAGCCCUAAAUACUGGUAUUCUUGUUAAUAAGAAAAACUGUAUCUCAGACUGGUUUGUAGACUUAUUAGCAAAGCUAAGAUAUUUCCCUAGACCUGUGUUUGGACUAGUGACUCAUUUCACUGAGUGAUGUAUUUUAAGUUUAUAAUUAUCAUGUUUUCUAUUAUAGAACUUUUGGAAAAUAUCGCCUUGACAUGCUUUUUGGGUGAAGACUAAGAAAAAGAAAACAUGGCAUGUAAACCACAGAAUGAUGUGGGAAUAUUUGGAACCCCCCAGGAGCCCUUCUUCAACCACAAGGAGAGUGGUGUCACACCUGAACUCUUGGAACAAUGGCUUCUUGAUCUCAGUGCCAUGAACUCAGAGAGACUGAAUGGCAACACAAAGGAUUGCUUUAAGAGUUUCAAGCAUGUUGAUUUGCUCUACAAGGCAUGUGACAGGAUGAAAAUGUCAGCUCAAGUAAAGCUUUUAGCAGUGGAAAUAUUCAAUAGGUUCAUGACCAGACACAUUGAGGAGCUGUAUAAUCAUGUCCUUACAUCAGACAGCCAAACCAAGAGGUCGGACUGGGACAAGAUCUUAGAGAGGAUCAUCAAGCAGCAAGCUCUUCGGAUUACCUCUUGUUGUCAGAUUGCAAGCAAACUCACAUCCCACCACAGGAUAAUAUCAGUUAACAGAGCCCGUAGAUUCUUAUGUGAACUUGGCCAUAACUACACUGCAGGCAGUAUUCUUCAAUCAGAAUUACGCAUUCUGAAAACUCUUGAGUUCAAACUUGCAGUUCUGUCACCCUUGCAGUAUGUGGAGACUCUACUGGAAAUUAUAGGGCAUAAUGACAAAGGAACAGAUGUAAAGUUGUAUCACUCAACAGCCAUCAAACUUUUGUAUUUGUUUAACUUGAAGAGGUCGGAAAUAUGUGACAAGCUAUUCAAGACUGUAUGCACUUCAGAGAAUACACAACUACAGAACAGGGUGAGUGAGAUGCUGAGUGACAUGCUGCUGCUGGGGACAGCAGUGAUCACCGCCUCUGCUUUCAUCAUGGACAUGUCAACCACGGACACUAUUUUAGAGAAUCUGUCUCUCAUUACGAAAAUUGUGAAAGAUGAAAUUGUGGACUUUGCUACCAUCAUUGUUGAGGUUGUACAAGAAAACAAAAGCCACACCCCAUAAAGAACAUCAAACACUGGCAAACAAGCAUGUGUCUUUACAGAACUCUCUUUGUGUUCUGCACAAACGUCACUACAGGUGACAGUGUACAGCAUCUUAUGAUAAUAAAAUGGAUUUGUGAUACUUGUGAAAGAACAAAUUUGAUUUUAUCAGUA